AUGGAUUAUCCAACAGAUAAAGAGGAGAUGGAGGUGGCGGUUAUUGCCGCACCUAUCAGUGAAAUGACGUUGCUGAAUAAGCAGCACCAGCUGUAUCAAGAGGAUGCAAUAGCGCAGCAGGAGAGCAGCAGCAGCAGCAGCAGCAGCAACAGCAGCAGUCCUUUGCUGCAGCAUCCUGAUUUCUUAGCAGCAAAUGCAGCAGCAAUAGCAGCAAAUAGUGGCGAUUAUACCUCAUGGUAUUUAAGGAGAAAAUUCUUAACUUUAAAGCCUGAACAUAUCAAUGCUGACGAACUACGGUUUUGUCGUGAGGUAUGCUCGGAGAGUCUAAAGAAUUAUCAGGCUUGGUUCCAUCGUCGUUGGCGUUACUUGCCGAUGUUCGAGCAGUAUCCAACAAAUGAGAGUUUGGUUGCCUUCCUCUUAGGUUGCCUAAAGGCAGCAGCAGCAGCAGCAAAGGAGCUGCAGCAGCAGCAGCAGCAGGGGCAGGAGCAGCAACAGGGGCAGGACCAACAGCAGGGGCAGGAGCAACAGCCUAAGGAGCUACAGGAAGCAAUAGAGGCGCUGCUGACUGCAGCAGCAGCAGCAGCAGCAGCAGGAGAAGGAGCAGGCAGCCGUCUAGGCUUAGAGAUUGGCGUCACUAUUGAUGAGAUGAGAGGAGACCUUAGAGCAGCACAUAAGUGA